AUGAUACGUUUGUUAAUAUUGCUGGCGACGCUCCAGUGUACUAUAUCUCAGCAAUAUCAGCAAAAAGUCGCCCCGGGUGUACCGCCACAGAAUUAUCAGAACUAUCAACAGCCUCCGCCUCCUCCCCCGCCGCAGCAGAACUACCAACAGCAACAACAGUUCCAACAGCCGCCCCAACAACAGUAUCAACAACAGCCGCCGCCACAACAACAGUUUCAACAAGUCCCCGUACAACAACAGGGACAUGGCCACGGGCACGAUCCUCAACUGUUGAACGCGGCUAACAUCGCGCAUGAGAGAGAUCACAUUCAAGAGCAUCUAGACGUGCCAAUAGAUGUUUCCAAGAUGUCGGAACAAGAGUUACAGUUCCACUACUUCAAGAUGCAUGAUGCUGAUAAUAAUAAUAAAUUGGACGGCUGUGAGCUUAUCAAAUCACUUAUACAUUGGCAUGAGCAAGGCCAUAAACAAGAACAGCAGCCCGGCGUGCCUCCGGUAGGUGAGAAAAUCUUCAAGGACGAUGAGCUCAUAAAUCUCAUAGACCCAAUACUAUCAACCGAUGACCAUAACCAAGACGAUCAAAUUGAUGAAAACCACCAAGUAUACACUGAUGAUCAAAUAGAAGCUGUACUAGACGAAGCGUUGAAUCACACAGACUUCAACAGAGAUGGCUACGUGGACUACCAUGAGUACAGGUUCAAUUUGGAGAAGGGAAAAUCUAAAAGGAUCGGACAAAAGAACUAA